AUGGCAACAAUUAAGCCUAUAGAGGCUCGAUCGGUCCACCAAAUCCAGUCUGGCCAAGUCAUUGUUGACCUCUGCAGGCCAGUUUGGUUAAUGUGGUUUAUAGCAUUGAAACAUUACACUUCCAAGUUAUCAACCUUCGCCGAUCUCACCGAGCUCCAAACGUUCGGUUUUCGUGGUGAAGCCCUCUCUUCACUAUGUGCCGUUUCAAAUCUAAAAGUUAUCACUGCGGAGGCAGAACAGGCUCCCAGAGCUUCGAAGCUGGAUUUUGAAUUCUCUGGAAAGCUCAAGAGCACGCAGGUGGUUGCUGGCCAGAAAGGGACUACUGUCUCUGUUGAAAAUCUUUUCAAAUCACUACCGGUUCGGCGGCGUGAACUGGAGAAAAACGUAAAAAGGGAAUAUGGAAAGGUACUUGCGCUGCUACAUGCGUAUGCGUGUAUAAGUACAGGUGUUCGAUUUAACGUCAAGAAUCAGAUGCCAAAAGGGAAGAGUGUGGUGGUCUUCACUACGAAAUCGAACCCUACGACAAGAGAGAAUAUAUCAAAUGUCUAUGGCGCGAAGACCCUCCUUGCGCUAAUGCCGCUUGACUUGGACCUGGAGUUCGAGCCGAGUCCGGCAGCCAAACGGUUUUCGAGCAAAGCUUCCAACAAGAUAUUCGUGCAUGGCCACAUAUCUAAACCGGUUUUCGGAGAAGGAAGACAAACACCCGAUCGCCAAAUGUUCUUCGUAAAUUCUCGACCAUGUGGAUUACCCCAGAUUGCAAAGGCCUUCAACGAGGUCUACAAAUCGUUUAAUUUAUCUCAGUCACCGUUUAUUUUCGCAAACUUUGAGAUGGAUACGGCCGCGUACGAUGUUAAUGUUUCGCCAGAUAAGCGAACAAUCAUGCUACACGAUGCCGGUGCCCUGAUCGAAUGUCUAAAGGCAUCCCUUACUGAGCUAUUCGAGCAAGAAGACCAAACCGUUCCUGUUUCUCAGCUUGCAUUUAGCAAGAAGAGCGAGAUAAGACCACCAAGACAAAAGACUCCUCCACCCUCAACAGAUGCAACACAGGAUAAUCCAGAGGAGCCUACUGGUAUUGCACCUUAUAGCCAAGAACUGGGGGAGAGUGAUGCCGUGGAACAUAACGAUGUAGAACCCACUCAAACGCCUCAAUCAUCGAUGAAGGAAACGAUCCAAACGUCUGGAAAUGAUGAUCAGGCAGCUCAGCCCCUUGCGGUUGAACAUGAUCCCGUUAUUCCUGAAUCUAGCGGGGCGUAUAAUAUCCCAUCUAAUACCAAUGAAACAGAAGGUGAUAGAAGCUCAUCUCAACCACAGUCAGCACAAGAACACCAUGUUUCAAGGAGCCCCUCCUUAGGCACACCGACUUGCAAGCCCGGGAUAGUCCAGAAUGCCUUUGAUCGAAUGCGAAUGAACAGGACACCUGUGGAUGUAGCAACUAUUACUAUAGGGAACAAGACUUAUCAAUCGACUAUCGGCAGGGAACCUGUGAAACGAAAAUUGGAGAGUUAUCCUGGAUUGCAUAUGCACUCGCCAGCAUCAAAGACAAGAGCUAUAACUGUCAGGAAGGGUAAGAUCGGCCGAAGCUUCCAGUCUUUUGCCGCCCCGGGAACUCAACAGGAACAAGAUGAGCUGGAUGAUGAUCUUAUUGAAGACGAGGAGAACAAGGAGCGGGAAAGUGUAGCCAACUUCAGAAGCGAACAGGAAGAAGAAGAAGAAGAAGAAGAGGCUAUGGAAGAUAAUGGAGAACACGAGGAAAUGGAUGACGAGAGAAAUGCCGGCGAAAAUCAGGAAGAACGCCAUCAGGUGGAAUCCCUUCAGCAAGACCGACAGACCAUGCCUGGAGACAUUGAUUCUCCAGCCUCGGACUCCGAUGAAAGCUAUGUUGACGAUGAAGAAAGAAAGUCCCGAGAAGAUGCAAAGGUCAAUGAGCUAAUAAGAGCCGCAGAGGAGGCUUCGGCUGUUCCAUCAGAGCAGAGUAUCGAGCGAGCAGAGAGACUAGUUCGGAAACCUCGCAAGAAAGAUUCCACGCACGAACUUAUAUGCACAGUAGACACUUCGAUUGCGAAAAUUGAGUCUCAGUUGAAAGCUCUCCGAGAGAGAAUACAAUCUUUGCAUGGCGAGCGUAUAACCAGCAGUGUUGAUGAGGUUGAGGAUGGUGACCAGCAGAUUGCGCCCGAAACGAAGUUGUCUCUUGCAGUCUCAAAAGCUGACUUUUCGAAAAUGCGUAUCAUCGGGCAAUUUAACCUUGGCUUCAUCCUUGCAAUAAGGCCGGGCGCUAGUAGAGGUGAUAACUCGUCUCUCGCAGGGCCGUCAGCGGAGCAAGAUGAGCUAUUCAUCAUCGACCAACAUGCCUCUGAUGAGAAGUAUAACUUUGAACGACUCCAGGCUGAGACUACCGUGCAAAACCAAAGACUUGUUCAGCCAAAAACACUUGACCUUACCGCGGUGGAAGAGGAGGUCAUCAUCGAGAAUCUCGCCGCAUUAGAAAAGAACGGGUUCAUUGUUGAAAUAGAUACAAGCGGUGACGAACCCAUCGGUCGACGAUGUAAACUUAUAAGUCUACCACUAAGCAAAGAAGUCGUGUUCAAUACUCGUGACUUGGAAGAGUUGAUUGUCCUGCUGUCUGAAGCGCCACAGCAAUCACAGAACCAUCAUGGGAAACGGUCAAUGAACGAGUUCAAUAGUGAUGCUGAGGGAGCUGAUAUCGAGCCUCCAGGCAUCUCAUCUCCCUUCUCAGACCAUCUUGUUCCUCGACCGAGCAAAGUGAGAAAGAUGUUUGCCAUGAGAGCCUGCCGAUCGAGUAUCAUGAUCGGAAAGAACCUUACUCAUCGACAGAUGGAGAGUGUAGUCAAACACAUGGGUACCAUCGACAAGCCGUGGAACUGUCCGCAUGGGCGACCUACUAUGAGGCAUCUAGUGAGUUUGGGACAAUGGAAUGAAUGGAGUGAAUGGGACAGCCAUAAGGAGCGCCGGUCCAGAGCCGGUAAGCGAAAGAAGAGCAUAAAACAUAUAUGGGAAGAAUUUGUUGAAGAUUACGGAUCUUAA